UGACAGCACCAGGGGCAGCCGCAAGAGUCCUAGGAGCUGCCCGCCUGAGUGCAACUGGAGGGGCCCGUGAGGUCUCCACCAGCGGCCGCAGGACCGCGGAGCAGCUCUAACUUGCUCGCCCGUCCACUCGCUCGCACACCGGAUCACCGCCGCGUGCCAAGACGCAGCGCGUGGAGCGCCUGCCUCGCGUGGUCCCCUCAAGCGUCACCAUGCUGCCACCGCAGCUGUGCUGGCUGCCGCUGCUCGCCGCCCUGCUACCGCCUGUGCCUGCGCAGAAGUUCUCGGCGCUCACGUUCUUGAGGGUCGAUCAAGACAAAGACAGAGACUGCAGCCUGGACUGCCCAAGCUCCUCUCAGAAGCCCCUCUGUGCCUCGGACGGGAGGACCUUCCUGUCCCGAUGCGAGUUCCAGCGGGCCAAGUGCAAAGAUCCACAACUGGAGAUCGCCCACCGUGGGAAUUGCAAAGAUGUGUCCAGAUGUGUGGCUGAGAGGAAGUACACCCAGGAGCAGGCCCGGAAGGAGUUCCAGCAAGUGUUCAUCCCAGAGUGCAAUGAUGACGGCACCUACAGUCAGGUCCAGUGUCACAGCUACACGGGUUACUGUUGGUGCGUUACACCAAACGGAAGGCCCAUCAGCGGCACCGCUGUGGCCCACAAGACACCCAGGUGCCCUGGGUCAAUAAAUGAAAAGUUGCCCCAGCGGGAAGGCGCAGGAAAAGCAGUCUCCUUGCAAAUCUUUUCCGUUCUGAAUUCAGAUGAUGCUGCAGCCCCAGCAUUGGAGACUCAGCCCCAAGGAGAUGAAGAAGAUAUUGCGUCACGCUACCCUACACUCUGGACUGAGCAAGUUAAAAGCCGGCAGAAUAAGACCAACAAAAAUUCAGCUUCCUCCUGUGACCAGGAGCACCAGUCAGCUCUCGAGGAGGCCAAGCAGCCCAAGAAUGACAACGUAGUGAUCCCUGAGUGUGCACACGGAGGCCUCUACAAGCCGGUGCAGUGUCACCCGUCUACUGGUUACUGCUGGUGUGUGCUGGUGGACACCGGGCGGCCCAUUCCCGGGACCUCCACAAGGUAUGAGCAGCCCAAGUGUGACAACACAGCCAGGGCUCACCCCGCGAAGGCCCGGGACCUGUACAAGAACCGGCCCCUGCAAGGUUGUCCUGGUGCCAAAAAGAAUGAGUUUCUGACAAGUGUCCUGGAUGCACUCUCCACAGACAUGGUUCACGCCGUCUCUGACCCCUCUUCCUCCUCUGGCAGGUUAUCAGAGCCGGACCCCAGCCACACCCUGGAGGAGAGGGUGGUGCACUGGUACUUCAAGCUCCUUGAUAAGAACGCUAGCGGGGACAUUGGCAAGAAGGAAAUCAAGCCCUUCAAGAGGUUCCUGCGGAAGAAGUCCAAGCCCAAGAAGUGUGUGAAGAAGUUUGUGGAAUACUGUGACGCGAACAAUGACAAGUCCAUCACUGUGCAGGAGCUGAUGGGUUGCUUGGGUGUCACCAGGGAGGACGGUAAAGCCAACACCAGGAAGCGCCACACCCCCAGAGGAAAUACUGAAAGCUCGUCUAACAGACAGCCCAGGAGACAAGGAUGAACGGCUGACUAUCCAAGGCUGACUAUCCUAGACAUGUGGGAAUUUCCCUCAACAAAGAGCUAUUAAAAAGGAAAAAAAUAUAUAUAGUAUUUGCACUUUGUACUUUAAAUGUAAAUUCACUUUGUAGAAAUGAGAUAUUUAAACAGACUGUUUUGAUCUGUGAAAAUGGAAGGCUGGCUUCGGGAAAUUAAUCACAUACAAUGUAUGUGUUCUUGUUUGACCUUAAAGAUCUGUGCUGGUGGGGAUGGGUUUUGAAUGCAUUUCAACUUCACUUCCUUGUGCCUUUGUGGAGGGCCUGGCUUGUACCCUGGCCCUUUCCUCUGCCUGCAGUCUCUGCUGGCUUGCUCCCAGUGCUCUUGAUGCAAGCCAGAAGACGAUCAUAUCCUUAGAAGUUGGCAGGGCCGUGCAGUUUACACGCAUGGUCACCUGUCGAUGGUUGCCGGUUCCAUGAGGUUUUGCUGUCUACAGAUGUCACUCGACACCAUGGGUCACGCAGGCACCCCGCUUGAGCCUAGCCUUGACCUCUAAUAGCCUCUGGUUUGAGGCCGUGCUGCCAGACUCUGUCAGACUCCAGUCUGAGCUUCUGCUUGAGUUUUGCCUCUGCUUGAGCCAAUCCUGCUGUUAAAUCUCCAGGGAGCUGAGUGGGCAGACAGCCAGAGAGUCCUCCUUCAGAGAGCAAACCUAACUCUCUCCACCCCACGGCUCAGUACCCAGUUCACCUGCCUCUCUUCUAAGUGGCUGUUCGAUCCUACUGUGGCUGUCCCUGGGGAUACCCUGGAAAGGAACAAGGUCUUCUGCAGAGAUCAUGGACCACACCCCGAGGAAGAGGAAGCUUGACUACAUCAUCCCAAGAGUACUGAACAACAGGCAGCUAAGAAUGUCACUGUCACUCUUUGGAGGACUCCAGAGUAUGAGAGAUUCAUCCAAGGCCCUUAUGGGAUGAGUUAGGAACUGGACACCCACACUGUGGGAGACUGGCUUGGCCUGUGUGUACGGCUGGCUGCCAUUGUCAGACCUAGACUCUAGGUCAUUCUGUACUCACUGCUCUCAAGAAACAGUUACAGAUGGGGGAGAGCUGGGGCAAUCCUCUCAGAUCGAAUUCUAUGUGGAAAACUGUUCAUGCCCCCCCCGUCUCUCCGUGUGCAGCUGUGGAUGUGCACACACGCUCCAGAAGGCCUUUGCUCAUUCCAACUGUGUAGAGGUAAGAAAUGGCCAGCUCGCGCGCAUGUCAACAUUGUCUACAAAGAAAAGUAUGAUCCCAACUGUUUUGGAUAAUCUUUUAUAUUUCUGAACCCUGAAUUUAAUCAUUUUUAUUAGAUUAAAUAUGCUAUUGAAACCGU